UGGGUGGUGGAGGAGAGCAGAGCAGGCCUUGCUGUUGUCUACAGAGGCAGCUAGGACAGCCAAGCUAUUCUGGGUGGCUUUCACCUAUGUCAUUCAACAACUUCUGCUUCAGCAGAUUCCAACUUGCUGGGUCUAAAUUCAUCCCCAUUCUUUCAAGUUGCAUUUAUCUGAGAUGCAGUGCAGCCCCGGACGGCCCAGCCUCCCUUCUUCACACCCUGGUUUGAUUCUGAGCUAGGCCUCUCAGCUACGCCGCCCCAUCGGUUUCCUAGGGGGGCCAGGCCACUAUUAUCCUUUUGACAGAGCUGUGGAUUUGGGGUUACGGAACAGAUGGAGGCAAAGGGGCCAAAGGAGGAUGAAAGGUUUACACUAAUAGAAAUGCCCAGCUAAUUGUUAAGGAGAUUAGAGGCUGGGCCAGGCAGGCACUCUCGGCUUGGAGGUGACCUGCCGCAUGGAAUCAGAGAGCCCACGGUAACGUUAACCAAAGCGGCGCUAAGAAAAAUAAAUCCUCCACCAGGGAGAGGCAGCAGAUUGAGUUGCCGCUUGAGCGUUUUGGCCUUAGCGGUGGGAUAGAAAGGCGUUUGGGGUGUAUCAAGCCUUAGAAGAAGGGAGACAACGCAAACAAGAGACACAGAUACAGUGCAGAGCACUACAAGCGCAGAGAGCAGGCCGGAGCGGAAGAAUAGGUCUCAUCAAAAGGCCAUUGUGUAGCCUGUCAAAGCCCCCCUCCCUUCUUUGUGGCUUCUGUAGAAGCCCCACUAUUGGUUACAGGAGGCCGGCAGCUCAUUGAAAUCUUUGUAAUCCUAGCUGCGCUAAUUAAGCAAGGCUGCGGGUGCUUAAGCAUGUACAUUUUUUUCUGAGCAUUCUCUCCUCUCCAUCCGCACCCCACCCCCUCGCCACGCUGGAGAAGAUGAGGAGGAGGAAGAGGUCAGUGUGAGCCACGCAGGAGGCAGCAGCACUGCCAGCAGGGGGGACGAGGCAGCCAAACGAGAUUGGCUUUACGGGCAGAAGAUUAAAUGUAGGAAGAGCUGGUGCACACACACAGAGAGAGAAAGAGACUGGGAACUGGGGCAGGUGCACGUCAUUGGGUCUUUGACUGAGGUGUAAGGUUCAUUUGCACUAAUCCAGAUCGCUCAGCUCGCUCGGCUGUGCCUAUGUGAGCGUGCACGUUUCCGUACCCCCAAAGAAGGACUGGGAAGACCUUAGGCGCCCACCCCAGUCCUUGGGACUAUAUCCGCUGUCCGGACAAAGAUGCCAACGAAUGGGAUCCACCAGCUUCUGAAGAUCCAGUUUGGCUUGAUUAACUCUGACAACAGGUACCUGACGGCAGAGAGCUUUGGCUACAAGGUCAACGCCUCGGCACCCAGCCUGAAAAGGAAGCAGAUAUGGACCCUGGAGCAGGACGGAGACAGCUCCGUGGUCUUCCUGAAGAGCCACCUAGGUAGGUACUUAUCUGCCGACAAGGACGGCAAGGUCUCGUGUGAAGCCGAGAAGCCGGGAGGUGAUGGGCGCUUUGUCAUUGUCACCCAGUCGGACGGGCGCUGGGCGCUCCAGUCGGAACCCUACAAGCGUUUCUUUGGUGGUUCCGAAGACAGGCUGUCCUGCUUUGCCCAGACCAUCACAGAGACGGAGCUCUGGGCUGUGCACUUGGCUAUCCACCCCCAGGCCAACCUCUUGAGCGUGAGCAGGAGAAGGUAUGCGCACCUCAGUGCUCAGGAGGACGAGAUCUCCACCGAUAGCAACAUCCCUUGGGGUGUGGACUCGCUCAUCACCCUCACCUUCCAGAACAAGAAGUACUGCCUGAGAACCUGUGACAACCGCUACCUGCGCAACGAUGGCACUCUGGUCAAGGAGCCUGACCCCCGCGCAGGGUACACCCUGGAAUUCAAGGCAGGCAAGCUGGCCUUCAAGGAUUGCGAUGGGAAAUACCUGGCGCCCAUGGGACCUACCGGCACUCUAAAAUCUGGCAGGAGCUCCAAGCCGGGCAAAGAUGAACUCUUUGAUCUGGAAGAGAGCCACCCGCAAGUAGUUUUCGUGGCCUCCAAUGGCAGAUAUGUCUCCAUCCGGCAAGGUGUCAACGUCUCAGCCAAUCAGGAUGAAGAGACACACCACGAAACCUUCCAGAUACAGAUUGAUAAAGAAACCAAGAAGUGCAUCUUCCAUUCCAACACGGGCAACUACUGGACCUUGGUGUCGCAUGGGGGAAUUCAGGCCACGGCCACAGAAGUAUCUGCUAGCACCAUGUUUGAUAUGGAGUGGCGUGGACGCCGGGUAGCCCUCAAAGCUCGCAAUGGCAAAUAUAUCUGCACCAAGAAGAAUGGACAACUGGCAGCUGUCAGUGAUGCAGUGGGGGAGGAUGAGGAAUUUGUUCUCAAGCUGAUCAACCGGCCCAUCCUGGUCCUUCGCGGGGCUCAUGGCUUCGUGUGCUACCACCGCAACUCCAACUUGCUAGACGCCAACCGUUCCGUCUAUGAUGUCUUCCAGAUCAUCUUCAACGACGGCGCUUACCAGAUCAAAGGCCUCGGUGGCAAGUUCUGGUAUGUGGCCACCAACGGCACCGUCUGCAGCGACGGUGAGAUGUCGGAGGAUUUCUACUUUGAGUUCCGCGAGUGCAGCCGGGUGGCCAUCAAAGGGAAGAACGGCAAGUACCUCCGUGGCGACCAAGCCGGGACCCUGCGCGCCGAUGCCGACACCCUGCACCGGGCCACCCUCUGGGAGUACUGACGCCGUGCCACUUGCUGAGUAGCACCGUAGAUGCUCUAGCUUCCGCCACGGUAGCCGAGCCAGCUCAGAGCGGACACAGAGGUGGGGUAUUUGGCGGGGAGGGGAAAGUUGAGUGUUCCCACCUGGACUCCAGAGGCACGGUAAUAUACCCCCAUCUUCCUCCGUGGAAAAGGACCUUGCUGGGAAGGAGGGGUGGGGACCUCUUGCCCUAUUUCCCAUAGUCUUAAUCUGUCUAACCUUAGAAGCAGCACCCUAAUGCACAGCUCCCGGGAGGGUGCGACACUGAUGUACCCAGGAUUAAAGCGAUAGAGGCUCCGUUUCAGAACCAGCGCAACAUUGCCUGUGGCUGUCUUCCCUUUCCCAUGCUCCGCACCUGAAACAGAAGACGACAAGUUGCAGGUUUCAGGGGGCCUUGUGAAAUGUGGGAAGCUCCAACUUUGCGUGCUCUGCUCGCUGUAGCUUAGCGUGAAGGAUUCACGGGCAAAAGGGGCAAAAGGAAGGGGUUAGUUGGAGAUGCUCACAGGGCACAAUCCCCAUCUUUGGUGAAGUAAUGGAAGUGGGAAGCCCUUUUCUCCCCACUCCCUCUAAAUUAGGAGAGCAGAAGAAGAUAGAAAGCAGCGGCCUUCAUAAUCAGCCAGAAUCAUUGGUACAUCUAGUUCAAUACUGUCCACGCUGACUGGUAGAAUGCUGCAAGGUUUCAGGCAGUGGAAAUUCCCAGCGUUACAUGCAGACGCCGAGGACUGAGCCUGGGCCCUUCUACAUACCAAGCAGGUGCCCUUCAAGAAGGAGGAAACCUUCUCCCCUAAUCCUUUCUCUGCUCUGUCCAAUGGAUGACCGGCAGCUCCUCAGAUCCCCCUCUCCCCAAUUUUCUCUUCCCUUUUUAGCAAGAGCUCUAGUUCUAAUACUCUCUUCACCUACAACUCUGGAACAAAAACAGUAUUCUGAGGGGGGUUUUUUUGGGGGGGAGAGCAGUGGCUGUGGGCCCCAGUGGCUGCAUGUGCGGAGAUGGAAGCUGAGUGCCGUUUAGAAGUCAAGGCAGUCAGGAGGGUCUUGGCAGGGCUGGAACAUCUUCCAUGGGGUGGUCUAGCCACAGACAAUGGGCCGUUUUGGGUAACAUUCCAAGAGGAGGGGGAAGACAGAGCUGGUCUCCAAAGGAUGCAAAGAUCUGGAGGAAGAGGAACCGUAGUUAGACUAGCAGAGGUCUUCGUAUGACAGCUGAGAAUCCCAGGCCCGGGAACACAAGACCCUUAAUCUCAGGGUUGUGGGUUCAAACCCCAUGUUGGGCAAAAGAUUCCCAAAUCGCAUUGUGUUGGACUAGAUGACAAUUGUGGUCCCUUCCAAUUCUGUGAUAUGAUAAAGUCUACGGUAUGACCA